GCAAAAAAGUCUCCCCAUGUUGGGGCCCUCUCUGUAAUUUUCCAAUUUUCGACGUGGUUGGGUCGCUGGAGCGCAUGCAAACAUUUCGGUGGCGCAACCGAUAAAAGCUCUGCUCGUCGCGUAGGUGUGUGCUUAUAUACAUACAUAGGGGCCUCGUGUCGACGCCGGUUGCAUUAACGUUUUUGGUGCGUUGCGCCGCGUACUUCUGCUGACCGCCUGAUUGUUUUGCCUGUGUGUUUAUCCUCCCAUACACACGGACACAAACACGGACCGAACGGACACACACAAGCGUAAUGUGAAAUCAUAAUAAAGUGUAACAUACCGUUAUAGUUAUUACAUGUGUGCGUGUGCAAUAAUUAAUAUUUGUGUGGAAUCGAAAAGCCGGAUUGUGUUUUGGUGCCUGCAAAAGCCUGUGCGAUGGCAGGAUCUUUGUAAAAUGGAAACAUUUGCAGGCGGCCUUUGGAUGAAUGAACAGCAACAACACAGAAUCGGCGGCAGCUAGAACGAAACACCCACAGACAGACAAACAGAAAGAGAGAGAGAGAGAGAGGGCGUGCUAGAGAGAGCCAAACAAACGUAGUAAGCAGACAGCUAGCCAGCCAGCCACCAAAACAACAAAGAGAAUAUAAGUAAUUUGCAUCGGCUGUUAGUGGAGCAGCCUCGACAGAAGACCCAGCCCCAGUCCUAGCCCCCAGUUGCAGUUGCAGUUCCAGCUCCAGUUUCUGCCACACACACACACACACACACAACAGUCAUGGUGAUAAGCAAACCCGAAACGAAAUCGGCAGCGUCCAAUGGAGCGGCAACCGGAUCUGUUGCGGCAGCGACUGCGACUGCCGCCGAAAUGGAUGUCGGGGGCAAUAGUCUGGCACAUCCCUCGGGAAUACCACAGGAUCAAAUAGACAAUAUCAUGAGCGGCAUUGGCAACACGGGCAAUGUCCGCAUGAACAAUCACCGCAAGAAGCUGCGACAAAGAUUUGAUAUUAUUAAGAAACUAGGUCAGGGCACCUAUGGCAAGGUGCAGUUAGGUAUUAAUAAGGAAACCGGCCAGGAGGUGGCCAUCAAAACCAUCAAGAAAUGCAAAAUCGAGGCAGAGGCCGAUCUGGUGCGCAUCAGGCGCGAGGUCCAGAUCAUGAGUUCGGUGCAUCAUCCCAACAUUAUACACAUCUAUGAAGUAUUUGAGAAUCGAGAGAAAAUGGUGCUGGUCAUGGAGUUUGCCGCUGGCGGCGAGCUCUACGACUACCUGUCCGAGAGGAAGGUCCUCAACGAGGAGGAGGCGCGACGCAUCUUCCGGCAGGUGGCCACCGCCGUCUACUACUGUCACAAGCACAAGAUCUGCCAUCGGGAUCUGAAGCUGGAGAAUAUACUGCUGGACGAGAAGGGCAAUGCCAAGAUUGCCGACUUUGGUCUGUCGAAUGUGUUCGAUGCUGGCCGACUGUUGGGCACCUUCUGCGGCUCCCCGCUGUACGCAUCGCCCGAAAUCGUCGAGGGCACACCCUACCAGGGACCGGAGGUGGACUGCUGGUCGCUGGGAGUGCUGCUCUACACUCUAGUCUAUGGGUCCAUGCCCUUCGAUGGCUCCAACUUCAAAAGACUCGUCAAGCAGAUCAGCCAGGGCGACUACUAUGAGCCGCGGAAGCCGUCGCGCGCCUCCACCCUCAUCCGGGACAUGCUGACGGUGUGCCCCCGGAAACGGGCCACCAUCGAGCAGAUCUGCGCCCAUUGGUGGGUCAACGAGAACGACAAUGUCUCGUGCCUGGACCUGGCCGAGGAUCUGGCCAAUCAGACGCCCGUGCGUCUGGAUGUGCUGCUCUCCCUGACGCCGGCGGCCAUCACGGCGGACCAACUGGUGGUGCCAUCCGCCGAGGGGGCGGCCGCAGCGGCCAAGGCGGCGGCCAACGAGCGUGUGCCCCGCUCCCAUUCGGUGGGCUCCAUACGCGACAUGGGGCCGCCCAGCACGGAGGCAGAGCGUCGCAUCCUGGACAUGGUUGCUGCCGGUGGAGAGGCCGCCCUGAUGCCAUCGCCCACAAGGACCAUCACGCCCGCCCAAAGCCCCGUGCAGACCAAACGGAAGCUGCAGCCCACCGUCUCCACCGAGAAUGCGGCAGGAACCACGGCCAAGAAGAAGGAGAAGCCGGCCAACAAUUCGUUUGUGAUCAGCGCAGGAGCAGCACCGCCACAACCACUUGCUCCGCCACCGACUGAGCCCUUGCGACCAGCACCCGCACCACCGACCCUUAUGGAGGCGGAGACUGUGCCCGAGGGGAAGCCAAUGGAGCCGAGCUUCUCGCAGAAGGACAUGCAGAUGGUGGGCGACCUGUGCGAGCAGCUGAUGGGGGGAGAUGCCUCCGGCACGCCCACACCCACACCGACGCCCGCACCCACGCCAGCACCGACUGCCACCGCAGCGGCACCAGUGCCUGUGGCCCGGCAGCCGACGCGCGGCAAACUGGACGCCGUGGCCGAGACGCCCGAGGAGAAGGAUGCCACCAAGGUGAUCAAGAAGUUUGUGAACAAGCACAAGACCGCCGACCUGGUCAACGCCAUCAACGAGAGUGCCAACACGGCAAGCGGCAAGGUGGCGCCAACAGCAGCGACUGCGCCCCCAUUCGUGCGCAAGUGCAGCCUGCAGGAUGAGUCGACGCUGAACAAGUUCAAUGCCGAGCGCCGCAAGUCGCGCAUCCUGGAGACGGCGGAGAAGUUCCAGCCACCGCCACCCAUCACGACAGGACCAGGAGGCCAGGCGGCGCCCGAGAAGCCCAAAAAGCUCAGCAUACCCGGCGUCAGUGUGGGCAGCUUCAAGAAGGAGUUCGAGCGCAAGGCCACCAAUCCGCCAGCCACCGCCGGACCCACGCCCGGCGAGCUGCGCGCCCAGGAGCAGGUGGCCGCUGCGGCGGCUGCUGCCCAGGAGGCCGAAUCCCAGCCCCUGGUCACACCGCCAGCCUCGCCCGUGGUGCAUGCCCAGUCGCAGUCCCUGGAGGCCAGCGACUCGAAGAACUCGGUGACCUCGAUCUCGCUGGACGAGGCCCGCCGUUCGAUGGAGAACUCGAUAGCCCUGCUGCUGCAGGCCCAGAACGAGUCCAACAAGGAGGUCGACCAGCUGUGCGCCCAAACGGAGACGAUCGGCGUCAGCGAGCCCACGCCCACCAGGGAGGAGCGCGAGCGUAAGUUGAAGAACGCGCGCGCCAUCAUCGGAAACGCCAUCCAGCCGGUGAUACGCAGGCCGGCACCGUUUUGUGGCAUCGGCAACGGCAAUGGCAAUGGCUUGGGCGGUGGCAGUGGCAGUCGCGUAGGCGUGAGUGGGCCCAACAGUGCACCGAUACGUGGAGAAAGUGGCAGCAAUUUUAUGGACUAUCUGACGCCCUCGCCGCCGAUAUGUGGCCCACAGACAGCGCCGCCAGUGCUGAUCUCACCCAAUGCCUUGGCGGCGGCCAAGCAGACCAUACAGCAGCGGCUCUUUGGUGGUGGACUGCCCGGCAAAUCAUCGGCAACAUCGAAGCGGCCGGCCACAUGGCAGCCCCAGGCGGCCUACAGCUCGGCGAGCAUCUUCCAGCCUGCGAACAGCAGUCCGUUCAGGAUGCUGCAGCAAAAGUACCAGCAGGAACAGCAGCGAGGAUCGGGUGCCAUGUUCGCGCCGCAGCCAUUGCCACAAUAUGCCCAGCAAGCCAACAGCAGCGGCGUCAACAGAGGCGGCAACAGCGGCAACAACAGCAGCAACAGCAAUUGCAACACGAUGCCUAAUGUCAAUUACAAUGUCAGUUCGCGCACGAGACCAUUUCAUAAUCAAGCUCAAGACACACUCAAUACCAAUGCCAUGCCCGCGGCCAUGUGGCUGAAAUCUUCGCCCGGAGCCGAAGGACAGCCGGGCACACCCGGUGCCGUCAAGACCUCCACAGCCUCAAUUACCCUCAAGUCGGCCACUCUGCCGCGCCGCAAGAUCAAUGCCAAGUCGGAGGUGCAGCUGGAGAUCAAGCCGCGCAUACCAGAGCAGGCACCGCAGCCGGCCAUGCGUUUCAGCACCGAGAUGCAGCAUCCGGUGGCCGAUCUGCGCAGCGCCCCGCCGCGCGAAGGCCCCAUACCGUACAGCCCCAUCAAGACGACGCUGCAGGCGCGAGCGACCAGCCUGGAGCCCAAGGAGCAUGUCAUCACCAUCCAGCGACCACCCACGCAGCACGCCUACGGACGCACCAGCUCCAACACAACCACGCGCUCCGGCUCACUGUCACGCCAGUCGACGGUCGAAUCCGAAUCGGAUGCGACCACCACCACGGCCACAAAUAUGUCACAGGCAACCGUGACAGGACUGGGCACCUCCCAGCCCAUCAAGAAGAGUCCACGUGAAUUUAUCAUACCGAUUGCCGUCGAGGGCGGUGGCUUCAUCACGCCCCGAGAGCGCAGCAUCGAGCCAUCCGAAUCGAGUCACACCACCGCCUCCAGUCGGUCCACCUUUAGCCGACUGCGUCCGUCGCGUCGCAUUGGCUCCCUGCUCAGCGAGGCCGGCUUCGAUGAGGGUUCGCCAUUCCAGAAGAUGCGCACCACCUCGACAACACGUGACGGCACCGGAGCCGGGCCCGGGGCCGAUGAGGAGGCACGCUUCACCCCACACCGACUCAGAAGCUCAAGACCUGUCAAGAAAAUUAGUCAGGACAACGACUCGCAAAGCUCUAACGAAGAGGAUGAUGACGACGAUGAUGGCUUUGAGAUACUCACGGCGGAGAAUCUGUUCUCGACACUGCUGCAGCGGGUGCGAAACUUAACGAAUCGCCUCAACGUCAACAGCGACCUGACAGUCGGUUUCCCCAGCCAUUCUAGUCGCCUGCUCACGGACAUCUCGCGGCAGGCACAGAGCCACAGUCCAUUCUGGAGCCAGGGAGUCUCACCCUUUGCCAGCGUGCAUAGAUCCCAAGUUAGUUAUACGAGUAGCUAUAGCGAGACGGUCGAGAAGAAGCAAGUCCGCCUGAACAGUGGCAGCAACAGCGGAGGCCUGGGUGCCCCCUGGCGGCACAGCAUGUCCCGGGACCUGGGCAGCGACAUGGAAUCGAUGUUCUCGCGCACCGGCGCCACGUUGCCAAGAGGUCACCACCAGGGCAAGGGCAGCUCCAGCAAGCCCAGCUCGGCGCCGGCCCAUGUGGAGAAGACCGCCCCAACAGCAGCGACAACCGCAGCGGCAGCCGGCACCGCUGAGGAGCCUCUGGACCUGGCCGACCUGGAUCUCUCGCGUCUGCGGCUGAGCAAGAAGGAUCUCGAAACGCUGUCCAGCAUCACGCCGGGACUGCCCAAGUGCUUUCAGGAGCAGCUGCUGGCCAAGCUGCCGCCCACCCAGGCCCGCAAGCUGUCCCGCACCCUGAGCGUGCAGACGAGUGCCCCCAGCAGCGCCAACACCCAGAAGCCCUACAAGCGCAGUCAGAGCGGCGGCCGCGGCUACUUGCCGGAUCAGCCGGAGGAGGAGUACAAGCCGAAGCCCCUCACAGAUGCACCCAAGACAACGGCGGCCAGUACGGCCAUCUAUCGACGCAGCCUGAGCCGGAGCCAGGCCCUGACCCAGACCCAGGCACAGCCCAAUCAGGAGGGGACAACCGGAGCGGGAGUACAGCCUGCAACGACGCCGACUACGACCAGCAAGAGCCGCAGCAGCAGCGUAUGUCGGGAUGACUACGGCAAGUCCUCGCUCUGCAGCAGCACCUACACCAGCGACAUCAGUGACAAGUACAAGUACUACUCCCCCUACUUGAGCAAGUCCAGUAAUGGAGCGACAACGACGACGACGAAGGAGGUGCCGGAAAAGCGUUAUAGCGCUGGCCUGGGGCGUCCGCCAAGCGGCUGCCUGUCGCCACCGCCGAACGGUGCAUUGCCGCCGAACGUGCCACCGGGCGAGGGCAGUAGUUCCCUGCGCGGACGCUCCUCGCAGCGCCGAAUCUCACGUUUUCUGCGGCCCGACUUCUUCGACGAUCCACGCGAUCGCGACACGCAGACCAUGUUGCGGGACAUACGCGAGAAAUCCAGCGAUCGCAUGGAGCAGGCGGAUCUGCGUCGGCGCAAGCACAGUCUGCCCAACGUGGAGCAAGCCGAUGAGGUGCCCACACUGGAGCCAGGGCCAGUCAGGUCAUCGAUGCGUCACACGCGCAACAAGAGCGUGGAACUUUUCCCAGAUGCACCCGAAGGCACCCAACAGACAGGACAGACAGCACAGGACUCUUCAGGCAAGCGCUCGGGACUGCGACAACGAAGUGUGUCCAGGCCACGUGAGCUGGAAACCGAUCUGGACAAGCAUGAGCUGGCGGAUAAGAUUCUGCAAGAGCUGCAGCUUCUCUCCGCCGUACGUACCCAGCACGAUCAGGGGCAGACUCCCGAUGGAGAAACUGACAAGACAGAGGAGACCUCAACCAUCCGCAAGGUGAAGAAGGUGAAGCCCAAGGAUGUCGCUUCCAACGAGGCGGAGGCCACCAAGCUCUCAACGACGACAACAACAACAACCACCACGCUGGUCCGCAAAGUCAAGAAGGUGUCCAGAAAGGCAGACGAGCCGAAGACGCCCAGUACGGAGACAGCUGCCACAGAGAUGCCAGUGCCUGCCUCUACGCCCAAGGAGACCCGGCUGAAGCGCCCCAAGUCCUACCCCAUGAAGGACCUCGGUCUGAGCCUCAAGUCUGGAACGGAGCUGCCCGAACCCUCGGCCUCGGCCUCUGCCUCGGCCCUGCCCAGCAAGCUUCCGAGCAAGCUGCCAUCAGCUGUGGGCAACGACUCUCAGGCUGGGGAGAAUGCGCCACGGGAGAGCCGCCUGAUGCGUCCCAAGAGCUAUCCGGCCACCAAACUGGCCACGCCCAAGGAAUUGCGUAAGGUCACACGGAGCGGGGUGGCCAUUCCCACCAUUGCGGAGGCGACUCCAACUGCCUCGGCAGAUAUCUCCGCCACUGGCACUCCCGUCAGCUCCAAGUCCACGUCGGAAGAGAAAUCUCUUUCGGCCACGCCCACCGGCACCAUGAGUAACGUGAUCGAUACCAAGGAUACGGCCUCUUCAUCAAGCGACUCGCGGCCGACGACUAUCAAGAAGAUCAUCAAAGUGUCCAAGAAAUCCAAGCUGGUGCCACCAACGCCAGUGACGCCCACCACGUCGCCCUCAGCCACAACAACCACAAACACCACGGCCACAACAACACCUGCAGACAGCUCCAAGGAGUCGAGUCCGGUGAUCAAAUCGAAGGAGAAGUCGCCGGAGAAGAAACCCAGCAAGGGCCUGCUCUACGCCCUGGGCCAGAAGUUCGAGAAGCUGCGGGACUCGGCCAUGAGCAAGGACAAGAAGACGGCCACAUCCGGAGGGACGACAGCCUUGGCCUGCACCCAGAAGCAGGGCUCACCCGAAGAGCGCAACUCCCCUGAGAAGGCCACGAUACUGCGCAAGAAAAAAUCUCUGGAGGCUGAGAUAUCCAUCGAGCUGCCGGCCGAAGAUAAGCGCGUGGACAAACGGUCCCGCUUCGAUAGCAUGCUGCGAUCUCUGAGGGAGCGUUCUGUGCCUCGCUCCCAGUCCAGCUCAAGGGCGAGUCCCAAGCGAGCGGCCAGCGUGGAAGAGCUGCAUGCAGGAGUCGGCCCAGACGGGGCCACCGGGAAGCAGAGUGGAGCCGUCAACAAGAUGUUCGGUGGACUGCUACGACGCUUCGAUCGGGAGAGCAGCGAACAGAGGCGUGUGCGGAGCACUCGAUCCACCAGCAACAUUGAGCGCCAGGUGCGCGAGGAGCAGGAUCCUAUGCUGCCGACAUCGCCCAUCUACCAGAACGUGGUGAAGGCCAAGCCAAUUGCCCCGGCCGCCACCGAAGAGAACUGCAACUGCGAGACGGCCUGUCCGGACUGCAGACAGAACCAGGGACAGGCCAUGAAGCCGACCAGCGCCAGCAGUAGCACCACCCCGAGCAUCAAGGAGAAGCGCAAAGGUCUGAUGUUGGAUCUGGCCAGUGCCCAGGGGGCCAGUGGUGCGAGUGGUGCGGCCAGCGCCGUGACUACAGCCACCACCACCACAAGUGGCAGCAGCUACCGCGGAUCCAAGACCAAUCCGGCGCUCAUCAAUGGCAACGGCGGGAUGGGACUGUACUCGAAUCUGCCACCUUAUCCGGGGGCCAUGAAGAGCGCCUCCUCGAACAACAGCUCCAGCCAGCAGUCCGUGGAGAAUGCCACCAACAACAACUCGACGAACACGAACAACAACUGCAGCUCGCAGACGUCGGGGUACCGCACCUCGUCGGCGCAUGAGAUCAACCGGAACAAUCCGAUGCUGACGCCCUCCUUCGAGAACAUUGCCAACUACUCCUCGGACUCGCGCAGCUACCAGGAUGACUGCGCCUCCACCUCGACGUUCCUGUCGCCCACCGAGGAGCCGGAGCUGUACUUUGACAACUGGUCGAUCUGCUCCGAGGACAACUACAUGCUGCACGCGACGCCCUCGCCCACAGUGUCGCGCCUGUCGCGGGCCUCGCUCUCCUCGCCCACGCGCUGCUCGGAGAGCUCCGAUCCCAACGAGAGCGUCAUUGAUCGCAUCAAGCGGCGGAGCUUCUACAGCCGCUUCAACGAGCAGAAGAAGCCGCGUCGCACCAGCAGCAUCGUGGGUCCCUCGGCGGUGCGGGACUACUACAGGGAACAGCAGGCGGCGGUCAAGGCUCGCUCCAGCCACAAGUUGCAUGUGGCCGAGGUGGAGCCACGUUCCCACUCCCCGGACAUUGCCCAGCAGUUCUUCAGGCCCCUGAAGCUGAGCCCAGUGGGCACGGAGCUGAAGCCUCCCAUGUACCGCUCGCCGUUGGACUACUCCACCUCGUCGUCGGGUGGGGCCACGAGCAAGCCGCGCAAGAGCCUCAACGACAUACGCAACACCUCGCCCUCGUUCCUCAGCAAGCGGUACGAGGUGCACGACUACAGCUCCGUGCCCAUGCGAUACAAGAGCUCCUCCAGCUCGAGUCCCAGCAACGGAGCCAUCGCCAGUGGCUACUACAACACGUACAAUCCCAAGCGCCGCUCCUCCUACACCCUGAACGGCAGCCUGCCCACGGCCAGCAGCAGCAGUGCGGCCGGCAGCAGCCACCUGGAUGGUUAUGCCACCCUGGGACGACGCUCCAUCCGACCCUACGAUCAUCGGACGAUGUCGCUGCUGGAGCCACCAACAACCAGCAGCAGCAGUGCUGCCGGUAGCAGCGCCUACCAGAGAAGGGAAGCACGCACACCGGUGCGGGACUACACCUCCAGCAUUUCACGAUCCGGAUCGCGUUACCGCACUUCUUCGGCUACUCGCAGUCCGACAAACAUUUGAUGUACCACACCGCAGAAUGGCUUCUGCAUCUUCUGCUACUACUCGAAACGGAAAAAGGCCAGCCCCGGCCAUCAAGGGAACGGGCACGGACAUGGCCAGGCCAUGAGCACGCCGGCCAACACACCUGCCUCCUCGUCGGUAUCGGCCUCAUCCUCGCGCGCCAGCAGUGGCGGAAACAAGAAACAACAACAGCUCCAGCUACAGCCUGCCCAGAGCCAGACGCAGUCUGCCCACCAUCACCACCAUAAUCCCCAUAAUGAGCACAACAAGUUCUAGACCCCGGACACCCAGUUCCCAGCAUCCAAUUAAUUGUAGAGAAUUUUUGAUAAUUUUUUGAUAUAGCCAAAGUUAUAAUCUAGAGUGCAGUGCCACCUUUGGACGCUGCUAUUAGUCGUAGGUUUGUUGUAGUUCGGAUAUAGCGGAGUUUCAGCAAUAGAUCGUGUAUGCGAUUAUA